GAAAUCAACUUCAAUUUUAAUUAUUUUUCAUAGCUCAUGGAAACUUAGAUGGAUAUGUUGGUCAAAAAAAAGGGAUAGUGGUAGCUACAACCAUUAACGAAACUGGAGAUGCAUCUUUCAUGGAUUAUCACUGGAGAAAGUAUGACGGUGUCAUUCCUCCUGAUGCUGUAUCUGCAGGAGUUGAUACUGACGGUACCCCUGUAUAUGUUGGUCAGGUGGGAGCAAGCUUCAAUAAUAAUUAUGGAUUGAUACCAGGUGCCAUCAGAAUCACCUCAGCUUAUACCUAUGUCACUUUAGGAAAUGGGGACUAUUAUGGAUCCAAUGUAAAUGUUCAGAUUUUAUGCAGCCAGUUCCCAAGUAGGAUUCAGUGGUAUCCUGCAAAUGACGCUGAUUUCUCAACAAUUGCCAACAGAACGUCAUUGGUAGUAAGUGGAUUUGAAUUUGAUCAGAGCUCUACUGGUUACCCCUUGUAUAUUGGGCGUUCACAGAAGGGGAUUCAUCGUGUGGUUGGAAAAAUCAGGAAUGUGAACGUUGGAAACCAUAUUCAAGGCCGAUUGUAUUACAUUCACUCACAAACAGAGUACUUCGCCUCCAAUUAUGAGGUUCUGGCUUUUUUUUGAAACGAGCGAAUGAAAUGUAUUUGAAUUAAAUUAUUACAAAAUAUCUCACGCU